AUGCCGGAUAAAGAAGACAAAACGAUUGGAGAUGAUAUCGAACGAAUUCGAUAUUUUCGAAACGACAUAGCACACGCCAAACACGUGUCAAUGUCAGAAACAACAGCCGCAGAAAACUGGGAGACUGCCUUUGGAAUAGGUGAACGCAUAGGAAAGCGCUUAAAUUGCAGCUAUGAAGAAGACAUCAGAAAAUGUCAGAUGAAAACAUUCAUUUCCGAACCUGAGAAGAAAUUAAUACAAGUACGAAGGGAAAUGAAGAAAGGAAAAUUCUCCUUAACAGUGACAGUUCAGUUGAAAUUGCAGUCAGGUGAAACCAAUCAGAAUGAAACAAAGAGCGCAAACCUAAACAUGUUGCAAGAACAUGCCGUUAAAACACUUAACAAGAUAACUAGUGAAAUAACUAAUAAAUCCAAGGAAUCAAAAAUUGGGAAUAUACUCCAUGCACUUCGUCAGGAGUUAGAACACUUAGAUCUGGAUGACACCGAGGAAACUCCAGAGGUGCGAGAAUCUGGAAUUUUAAAUAAUUUGAAAGAUAGCACAUUUAACUGUGCAAAAGAGAAGAGGAACGGGUAUCCGAUUUUUUCGAAGUUUGUGAAUUUUGUCAUUAAGUGGUGCAAAAAAUAUUAUUGCAAAAUAAAACAUUCAUUUGGAUCCAUAAUCUUUUACUUUAAAUUCCCUUCCUGUGCUGAGUUUGAUCUAUUUUUGUACGAUCUGGAAGAAAGAGAGAUUGACAGAAACGUCAGAGAACUGCUUCUUUUUCCACCCCUCUUGUCUUUUUUUAAACUUCAAGACAGUGAUAUAAGUUUGGAUGUCAGCAAGUCUUAUACAGAGGAAGAACUGUUUGAAAACUCAUCAGAUGAAUCCACAGUCAAAGAAACUGAUGACGGUAUUGACGAUUGUGAAGAAUAUGGUUUGUUAUUUGAAAAACAAAACCUGGAGGAUACCAACGAUCUGUUGUCAUUUAAAGAGACUGUUCGGGACCUUUGCCAAAAAGUAUUCAAGAAAGGCAAUGACAGUCUACUACAAAAGUAUUUAAUGCCAAUGAAACAGGUUUUUGGUUUUAUCCGAAAGCAUGCACAAAGAUAUUAUUUAUUUUUUAAAAACAUUUGGAUCGAAGAAACAGAAAAACUGCUUGAGGGAGAUACGAAAGAAAAAAUAGUGGGUUUUGAAGAACUUCGUUUGGAAGUGAUUGAGUUGCUACAUGAAUUAGUCUCCAUAAUGGACAUGCUACCAUCUGAGCAGAAAAGCAUAAAAGAAUCACUAAAAGCAGUUCACUCUAGAAUGCAACUUUUCAUUGAGAGUAUAUCAACUGACAAGGAGGAACAAAGAAUCACCAUAAUAAUCGAUAGCAGAAACACAAUCACAUCGACACCAAUCGAAGGUCUCUCACUAACCAUGUGGGAGAACCCUGAAAAACAGACUAUUCCUGCUCUUGACAAAUCCUUGUCUCAAACCUUUAUCACUGGGGUAUAUAAGUUUACCAAGAAGAAUAAAACACCCAUUGCCGUGCGAAGCAAAAAUAUGGUAUUUGUCCGCCUCGAAAUGAUAGAUGUACAAAAGUCAGAUCAUAAAGAGUGGGUAUCUCAAGUAUUUUUCAACAAAAACUGGAUUAAAGUUCAAACACUUGUUCAGGAAAACUCGAUUUGUUUUGUUACGGAAGAAGUAGAGUCCUUUUACAUCUUGGAAUCAGCAAAAGAGGUACCUGUUACCAUGGAUCCAAAAGGAGGAGUCUACACCCAUGCGUCAGACCCCAGACUUCAAAUAAAAAUACCUGAGGGUGCUGUAACUGAGCGUCAAGUAUCGAAAGUCUCGGUCACGGAACCUGAAGUUUCUCCAUCAUCUUUGUUCCAACUCAUUUCCAAGGUUGUUCAAGCCGAAGGGAGCUUUUUGAAGGCACUAGAAGUCUUUUAUCCUUGCUUGCUUACGAACACAUCAGAGCUCUCUGACAUGGUUCUAGCGUACUUCGACUACAAUUACGCAACGGAAAUUUUCCGUUAUGACUGCAAGAGGACCAUUCAUGUCGAGCAUAACUGUUUCUCUACUGAAGUCAUGGCCUUUAGCGAGACAGGUAUCAUUGGCAUUUCUAGAAAUCGCCUGCAAACUCUCACGCCAUUAAGCGCAUCUGGCGAAUAUCAGCUAGAGAGAGGUAUUUUAUUUAAGUGCCACACGUUAACCUUUUUGCUGAAAGAUAGGGAAAGUUUUGCAUAUCUUUGGUGUGAUAUUGUCCAAACAGAUAAAAUUGACGAAAGAAGGAAAAUGAUGAAGAAAAAUCAUCCAACAUUUGAGGAAAUAAAGUUGGCAGAGUCGUGCGAUCUUUACUUGAAAGAUGAUGAACGCAUACGUGUGCAAAUAGAUGGGAAUUUUAGCAUCAACAAACAAUUAACCCGGUAUCCCAAUCACAAUAUAAUAAGGUUCAAUGUUUCCCGGACAGGUACGGACAAUCAUAUAAUUAUAAGGCUCAUGAGAACAACUGCUGGGAAACCAUUCUCUGAUAUAAUUUACCUCAGAGAUGCCGGAAACGACAAACUGUUGUGGAAAAUUUCUGUGGAUAUAGCUUCAGCAAAAUUAACAACCAAAGGACCUCUUCAAAGACAGAAAUCAAAAGAAGGUUCCAAGUUUGAUGAGUUCAAGCAUUUUCUUCAAAAGAGCGGACUCAGUGAAUUAACAGAUGUACUCAUAGAAAAUGACAUCGACUGUUUACAAGUAUUCUUGGCCUUGGGUGAAAAGGAAAUGAAAGAAGAAUUAAAUUUAAACAUUGGACAAAGGAUAAAGUGUAUUGAAGCCAUUAAAAAAUACAAGGAAUUUCAACAAAGGAACUAACAAGAAGCCACUGGGCUUCAACGCUCAACUGAUUCACUGUAGCUCUGCUGUUCUUCGUCAGAUUUUCACUGUAAUACGUUGAUUUACUAUUGUGUCCGCUUUUAUCGAAAGAGGACAUAAAAUUAUCAAUUUAUAAUGUAUUUCACGUCAGAUUCAUUUUUUCUGGCACAGUGGCUUUUGAGAUUUUUCAUUUUGUGUGUGUAUGUGUGUGCGAUAGCAAUCCCCUUAAACAUGUAUUAAUCAGAUCAUUUUUCGUCUCUUUGAA